UAUGCACUCAAUGGUGCUGCCUGGCCAUAAAACCUGCCCAUUCUGGGACAAAGUGGUCCCAGGGCUGAAAAGGAUUGACACCAGCUGAGGGGAUCAGAUCCCAUCUGCCACAUUGGCCACACCAGCCUCCCUGCCUCCGCUUCCUCUCUGGAGAGUAGGCUGGUUGUGUGGGCAUGUGGCAGUGAGUGAUCACAGGGGGAUCUCCAAAAGCACGGCAGGAAGAUGGACACAAACAAGAGCGAUGGCCCUGAGCAGCAGAUGUCCCAGCUGCCCCAGUGCUCCCUGUGCUGUGACCCUGAGCCCUGCCCUGGAGCAGGGUCUGCACCCAGUGGCAGCAGGCUGCAGAGUGACCCCAGACUGAAGCCCCACCGCACUGCUCUCCCCAUCCUGACACAGCCGGAUGCUCGAGGGAAGCCAGGGGACACCUCUACACCCCCGGCCCCCUCCCUGGACCCACUUUGGCACAGGUGGUGCCAGUCCCCAGCAGGUUCUGUGCUGGGUCUGACACAACGCCGCAUUCAUUUGGGACAGAGCAAUUAGACUGGGAAAGGGCCAAAGCUGUCACCUAAUAUGGGGACAACUUAUCACUGCUCUUGUGUAACCUAUUGCAUAAAGUGGGGGGUGUGGGGGGUGCUGCCAGCAGUGGGGGCUAUAAAGGUAGGUGCGGGAAAAGGCAGCACCAUGCAGCCUCUCCUGCAGCAUCCAGACCCUGAAGUGAGGAUGACAGCGGUGCUGCCGAGCCUGGUGCUGACCCUGCUCUGCCUGAUGCGGGCAGGGGCUGAGGUCCCUGUGCAGCUGGACUUUGACCCCAAGAAGUUUGCAGGGAUGUGGCACAUCAUGGCUGCUGUUUCCAACUGCCCCGUGUUCCUGAGCAUGAAGGACAAGAUGACAUCAUCUGUAUCCACCAUCAGCUUCACGCCGGAGGGACACAUGGCCAUGGAGACAGUCCUCCCGCUGCCAGAAGAGUGCAAAAAGAUCUCGAUGCUGUUCCAGCGCAGUGGGCAGGCGGGGCACUACAUCAGCACAGAAAAGGGAGAGAAGAGGGAUCUGCGUGUGAUGGACACAGACUACGAGCACUACGCCAUCGUGUACUCCCAGCUGAUAGACAGCCAGAAGCCCAGCACCGCGCUGCAGCUCUACACAAGGAAUCAGGACGUGAGCUCACAUCUCCUGCAGAAGUUCAAGGAGCUCUUCCACUCCAUGGGCCUGACUGAGGACAUGCUGGUCGUGAUGCCGCACUCAGAUCGGUGCACCAAGACUCACAAGUGAGCACAGGAUGAGCAAGGACGUGCAGCCCCUCCAAGUGCCUCCUGACCCCCGUCUGUCUGUCCAUCCGUCCUGCUUCCCUGCAGCUGAGGGGCUGACACAAGGCUGUGCCCCUGGGAGCUGGCUCAGUGCUCAGUGCCCGCUCCAUGCUGACCCUCCCCACCCUCCCAGUCCUGCUGCUCCGUGCUGGGAGCACACCUCUCUGAUCAAAAUAAACAAGUGCAGAAGCUG